UAAUUAUCUUCUUGUUUUCCUCAGGAGGCUUAUGCAUCAGAAAUUAGAAAAAGCUGGUAUAUCUUGUACUCUUAUUUUAGAUGCUGCUGUUGGAUAUGUGUUAGAAAAAAUAGAUAUAGUGUUUCUUGGAGCAGAAGGUGUUGUGGAAAGUGGAGGGAUCAUCAAUAAAAUUGGAACAUAUGGUAUCGCUAUUUGUGCCAAAGAAAUGAAUAAACCUGUGUACGUUCUUGCUGAAAGUUUCAAAUUUCUUCGCCUUUACCCUUUGAAUCAGAGAGAUUUGCCAAAUGAAUUAAAGCAUCUAUCAUCCAGAGUAAAUUCUAAGGAACAUCCAUUAAUAGAUUACACACCUCCAUCAUAUAUUACUCUACUAUUUUCUGAUCUUGGGAUUUUGACACCUUCUGCUGUGAGUGAUGAACUUAUAAAGUUGUACAUGUGACUGUGCAAAUAGAAAUAAAUAUUUAUUUUCUUGACUUAA